CAACUCUGUUAUGGCGGACAUCAGCGUUUAAGCGCCCUGUGGUUUGUUUAAAGUACUCUACAAAUACACUUCCCGUAGAUGAUUCUAUUUUCUCACUAAAAUGGCGGAUUCUCCAGUUGUCGUGGAUCCAGAGGGGUAUGAAGAGCUCCCGGAGGAGGAAGUGGAGACAUCUUAUAUGUGUGGAGCAUGUUUCCAGCUCUUCCCAACCACUGAGGACUUCCACGCCCACCAGUGUCAGAUUACAGGGGUGGAUAAUGUUGAAAAUGUUGUUGACAGGGAUGGGGAAGAAGAAGAGCCACAUACUUCAUCUUUAGAUGUUUCACAACAUGGCACACACCUACAGAAAGGUGUGUGGGAAGCAAGGGAGUCAGAAGCAGCCAUGGAGGAGGCAGUAGCCAGCAUCCUUGGGGAAAGGAUGAAACGCACAGCACCUCAGAAAAGUACCUGCUCGGAUAUUCAGUUUGAUCAGACUCUUAUUGUGCCUGCAGAACAUUCCAUUGAGCAUACCAGUAUCAUAGACCAUAUGGAGCCUGUGGUGGAACACACAGUGGAAAACAUAGAUCAGUCUGAUGGAAGUGGGCUGGCUGAGGGUAUAGAGAUUCCCUCAGCCAAUGUGUACAUGUAUGACAAUCCAGUUUACCUUAACAGACUUAUGAAGGACAACACUUUUGGCAGAAGAGUGCGACAUGAUGCUCCAUACAGCCAUCGCCUAGGGCCAUGGGACAACAAGUCCAGUCGACUCCUUAUUCAUCUUCUGAAGGAAUACCCAAAGGCUUACUUUAUUUUAGAUAAAGAAUGCAAAAGGACAGAAGCAUGGGAGAUAAUUCGAGUCAAACUUGCUGAGGCUGGUUACCAGUUCACUGUGUUACAGAUCCGUAUGCGAUGGCGUGAGCUGUGUAAGAAGUAUCGUAAUACAGCCAAUCACAAUGAUCUCUACAACACCAGAAAAACAUGCCAAUACUUAGAUGACCUUAACAGCCUAUUUGGAGUUUGGGAUCGCCAUGCUACUCUGCUUUUAAUAAAACAGCUUGAAGUAAAUGGCAGUAAGCGUCUGGGUCAGAACGGGGGAACCCGCAUGAGGCACAAGGUCUGGGAUCAAAUUCGACAGGUUCUUCUGACUCACGGAUACCAGUACACAGCAGACCAAGUUCAGGGGAGAUGGAGUACACUUGUCACUUUGUAUCAAAGGAUGGUUGAACACAACUCCAAGCCACAUAAUGAAAAAAUUACCAUUGCUUAUAAAGAUUACAUUGAGCGAGUCUUUAAAUAUGUCCCAGAACGUAACUCCAAAUGGUUGAAGAUAAUGGAGAAGCGUGGCAAGAAACCCAAGACACUGAAAAAAAAUUGGACUGUACCCAUUGAGAGACACCUUCUGGCAUAUUACCAUGAGAGAGUGUACCGCUUUAACAAUGAACAUGUGAAUAACACUGAGCUGUGGCAAGAAAUUGUGCAGAAAUUGGAAGAUAUAGCAGGAUACAGCACGACAGUGGAUAAGGUGCGGACCCGUUUCUAUGAGCUGACAAAACAGUUCUCCAUCAUGGAGCAGCAUAAUGCUCAGCCUGGCACUAUACGCAGAGAAUGUAGACACCACGAGACCCUUGCCGAGAUUUACAGCAUCUACAACUACUGGCCACAUGAUCGAUCAACUAUUAAAUUAGAGAAAUCAAAUGCUAUUAGAAUGAGGCAAGUGAAUUCGCAAUUGGCAUGGAGUGAAGAUGAGUCUCGUACCCUGCUGCAACUGUAUCCACAAGUUCUGGUAGCUCACCUUAGUAGUGGUGAACAUCAGCCUAUUGAAGAACUCUGGCUUCAACUGGCUAAAGCAUACCUGAAUACUCAGAAUGACCGUAAACAAUGUUAUGAGAUUGAGGAUCACAUUGCACUGUUACGUAGAGGAUAUCACAGUCAGAACCCAUUUCCUUUUGUUUCGGAAAUGCAACUUUUGGAAGAGACAGAACUUACUCUUAGUUUUACCCCAGAACCUCUACCAAUAGAUGAUGAUCAACUGGUUCCUUUCUGGAGCCACACAGCUGCACAUCUUCUUUUGGACUUUGUCAUGCACCACCGUCAGGAAGGAGUGAAGAAUUCAGGCCUUUUUGAGUUGGUUAGUCGGGAUCUUGCCAGCUGUGGAUACAGGUACACGGGGGAGGAAUGUCGCCUCUACUAUUCCUUAUUGAGACAACUCUACACAAAUAGGAUGCGAACAAUCAAGAGAAAGAGGGAACUCCUAAAGCCAUUCCCUUACAUGGAAAAAAUGGCAGAAGUAGAUAAUGUAGUGUCACAGCCAAGCUUUGUAGAAACGGAGGAAAAUCGUAAGAUAAUUUUAUCUGCGGCUCUUUCAAGACUAGAAAUAAUUGAAGGAGAAAAUGAAGAUGGGCAGAGAGACUAUUUAGUAAACUGGCUAACUACCUUGAAACUGUACCUCAAGCGUACAGCUCUGUUCAAUCCACCGCCGGCAAUUAAAUAUUUAGCACGCACAUUAGCCGAAACUAUAGAAGAUUCCUCAAUCGAAGGAGAGUACAAGAGGUUUGAUGACAUCCUCGGACCUCACCUGGACUUGUUAAACUCAAUAGCAGAGAGAGGAGGAUCAAGCAUAGUCUACCAGCCAUCUGUAUUUAAGAACAGAGGAAAGAAGAUGACUAUGAGUAAAACAGUACAAACGAGAUAUGGAAGUGUGCAGUGGUCCGAGGCAAACCUACGCACUAUGCUGAAUACCGUAAAAGAAUGGCGACUUUUGUGUCAUGAUGGUGCGGAGCUGGAGCAUGUGUUGAACAGCAGUGAAGCUCUUUGGAAGGAAGUGGCAUCAAGAUUAAGCGGCCCUUCCAAAGUUGAUCCUAGCAAAUGUCAAGAACGAUUUAUACAGAUGUGUCGAGAAUACAAGAGUGUUGUGUCUUUCAAUGCUCGUUUAAGUCCUACAGAAACUAUCAAGACUAUUAUGUGUCAAGAAAUUCUGGAACAAAUUUUAACUCCUCUUAUAUGCCACGAUGCUGAAAUUGAUGUUAGGGAUGAAUGGUGGGCUAGUGAAGAGGGUGGAAACUGGAAUCGAACCGAAACUCUAGAACUUCUUUUUACUGUCAGAGAAUUGUGGCCAGGUUGGCCGAAGAUGGAUUGGGAAAUGGUGAGCUUAAUGAUGAACGCAAGUGGAUACAAACACGAUGACGUGGGUUGUAAGAAAAGAUUCCAGCAGCUGUACAGUGGUUACCAAGCAGCAUUUGAACAUAAUAAAACGUGUGGCAUACGAGCUCGAAGACGACCCCCAUUUUACUUCAAGUUAAACACACUGUUUGGCAACAAUGAGUUCGAUGAACCAGUCACUCCUGAUCUCCCUGGAAUGCAAGAGGUAGAAGUCGAUGAGGCAGAGGCACUUCAUGUUCUUGUCAUGGGGCUGAAGGAGGUAAAGGGACAUUACUGCCACAGUGUUCCCCGAAGACCACUCUUAAUGACACUGUCACUGUACCUUAAUGAACACUUCCACUGUACAUCAUCAUCCAUCCCUCCAUAUGAAGUGUGGCAUUUCCUACUACAGCUCCACCAUAUUCACCGAGAGGCUGCACUGCAAAAAACAGAGGUGGCGGAACAUAUGAAUCUCGGUGAGCUGUGGCAGAACCACCCCAUUCCGCUGAUAGCUUUUGGCCUUCAUGCUCUACCUCUUCUUGGGUGGAACUCAGUGUGUGAUUGGAGUGUUGACGAAGUCUACUUGUUAGUGGAAACUGUCUUCAACUGGGAACUUCAGCCUCGCAACUUGCAGUCAGCAGGGAAGACUAUGGCCAAGGUUGCCAGUGAGCUUUUAAAAACUCGUGGCUUUGAAAAAACUCCCCAGCAGUGCCAGGAUCAGUGGGAAUAUCUUGUGGCAGCUUACAGGCAGGGUGGGUAUAAGCAACUUAGUGGGCAGAUGAACCUUAUUCACUUGUUGGCACCAUCCAUACUGCAUCCCCAACCAACUUGUUUUUAUCCAUCAGUUCGAGUUUCUAAAAAUCUCAACCAGCAACGAAAUUGUCGGACUAAUAUUUGUAAGCAACCUCAUAAGGCAACUCAGACACAAAAAUUGCAAACCACAGCAAUUCAACCACCAUCUGCGCAUAAAGACUCAACUCUAAGACCUUUGAAGAAAAUGAAGGUAGAGAGCCAUGAUAUGACUGUAUUGUCAGUUUCAGAAGAGAAUUUGCAAAAAAUCAAAAGGAAGAAAAGUGCCCCAGGGAAUGUUGUUUCAUAUGUUCAAAUAAACGUCCUACAGCAGUCCACCCCUCAGAAACGUCAUGUCCAGGUAUCGACAGAUGAAAUGAAAGACUGGGAAGAAGGUCUUGGUACUACAAGUUUCAGUGUUAAAAAAGAAACAGGUGAUAUGGAAUCUAUAAGCACUUCAUCUACCACAUUAUCGGUACCAAUUGUAAGCGAUUCCAUAAAAAGUGUACGAAUUCAAGAACAUAAAUCUGAUAAAAAACAGGGCAUAUUUAAACCGAGUGGCUCAUUUGCCAUUACAAUGAAAACAGCAUCUGGUGCCCCAUCGAGAAAAGUAACUUAUUUUUUGCAGAGCGAUGGUAACUCAGAAGAUGAUAGAGUGCAAGUAGAAGUCUUAAAUGUAAUGGAGAGUGAAAAUGGUAAAUUGGUGGAAUGCUGUACAGGGAAAGGAAUUACUCCAGCAAGAACCAUAAAGCUCCAUUAUCCCCCAACUCAUCCAAUACCAUCAGGUCUUACACACAUGUACCUACCCAGGAUGUUAGUUCAUCCAGAUGUCAUGACUGCUGCAAAAAAAAUACAGCUGCCUGAUACUUCCAAUAAAUUUUCUUCUUCCAUUUCUGAAAGAGAUUCAAGUUCAUCCUCAUUCUCAAUUCCGUGUCAAUUAAAUUUGAAAACAGAAUCAGAAGAAAUUGAGUGUGAAGAAAGUGGUUUGCAUUUAAGUGGUGAUGAAUCAUUUACAUCAUUUGGGUCAGACGGUAAAGACGAUGAACCUGGGAGAUGGAGAGUGAUGAAGCUGUUGGAACAGUAUCGUCAGCACUGUAGACAAGAGAAGACCAGACUAUUACAAACUUUACAAGAGAGCCACCAGCAACAAACCUCUAUCCUUAAACAAAUCCUUACUGUCUUCCAGCAACUCCAGAAUUCUUUUUAAGAAACCAAUGAUUAUAUAGUGUAAGUUUAUACCCAAAUUAGUGACUAAAUAGUAUUAGAAUUGUAUUUAUUUAUGUAGCCAUCAGAUCCAUGCAGCUUCCAACUGCUUCACUAUUAAAUGGUCAAACCAACAUACAGAACAAUAUUCACACCUUAUACUCUUGUGUUUUCUUUUUCAUCUGUAGAAUUAUGUUUGUGGAUAUGGACACCACACAACAUGAUUUUAGAUAUGAAAAUAUAAUCCAGAUCUAAUAGUGGGAAGAUACAUCCUGAGUGAGUGCACUUCAAUAAAAUGUCUCAAUUAUUGUAAAUAUUUCCAUAAAAGUUGUUUAGUUGUUGUAAUUAUGGUCUUUACUUUUGUACCUUAUUAAAUAUGGUGUAAUUAUUAUGAAUAAAUUUUUUAAUAUGACGUGUACUGUACUCCUAUGUUAUUGGUUUUACUUAUAUACAGUGCAGUGGACAUUUUGUAAUUGAACAUUGUACAUUUAUCAGCUAUGAAGCACAGUUGAUACUAACAAAUAAAUUUAAGUUUAUAUAUACUGAA